GUACAUUGCCACACCGCACUAGUCUGUAGCCUCUUUUACACACUUUGCCGGUGCAAGGCCGGUUUUCAAAAUUUUCUAUUUAGAAACAUACAAAAAUCACCAUGAGUCGUUUAAAUAGUAGCGAGGAAGAAAGAAUCAAUAACUUAAAGAAACUCCACAUCGGAAAACUGAAGGCUCAUGAACCCCUCAAUGAAGAGCUAUUGAAAGAAUACUUCUCACAAUUUGGUGAAGUUGUCAACUUAAACAUCCCAAAGGAAUCAAAACCAGAAAAUGAACCCGCACCUUUGAAGGGUUAUGGUUUCGUUGAGUUUGCAUCCCUUGAAGCGGCGAAGAAAUGUGUCCGCACCAAAAGUCACACAUUUGCGGACAAGGAGCUUCAUGUCCACCGGUCCAUUCCAAAGGACCUUCUUCUCAUCCUGAACGAUGCCAAAAGGGAAGGAGAAGUCAAAGUUUUCCUUCGAAACAAAGAGAACUUUACAGAGGAGCAGCUGAGAGACUUCUUUGCGAAUCACCCAAAGCUUCCAAUGACGCCCAAGAGUGUAACAGUACCGAAAGAUCCCAAUCAGGACAAACCCAAAGGCUACGCUAUUUUGGAAUUUCCUGAUGAAGAUGAUUGUAUCUGCCUUGUUACUGUCGUCAAGCUCAAGAUCGAGAAAGAAGGUGGCCAGCAGAAAGAGCUGUAUCCUAGCUUCUACGUGAAGAACAACAAUCGACGGUUUCGUGGCUAUGGCGGCUACGGUUACGGACGUGGAUGGAACCAAGGCUAUGGUUAUGAAGGUUACGGUGGCGACUACUACAGUGACUUCGACGAUUACUAUCAUGGUGGUUAUGGAGGCUAUGGCAAUUAUGGAGGUUAUGGAGGCUAUGACCAAAACUAUGGAUCCGGAUAUGGAGGCGGUGGAUAUGGUGGUCGUCGUUAUGGUGGCGGCGGUGGUCGUCCAUACAGUGGUGGCGGACGAGGACGUCGAGGGGGAGAUUUCGCAUGAUGACAUGAUCAUGAUGAUGGCUGGCCUGGAAUAUCUGGUGGAAGUUACCGGCCAUACUGAAAACAACCAAACAUACGACUAGACAGCAUGUAAUCUCUAUGGAAAUGACAGUUGAACAGCCAAUACGUCUGCUUAUCAUUUGAAACUACUUGUAAUAAUUGGAUCUUUAUCGACAUUGAACUUUAACUGAACCGUUUGUCCUGGUGGUCUUAUAUAUGUUGUGAAGAUUAUAUAAUUAGAAUUUAGCCAAUUUAUUCAACAAUUCUGGAUUGUAUACCAUUGCAGUUACUUAACUUACGAUCGAAGAAGACACUUGUCUCAUCAGCAACCAGGACUUUUUAACGAAGAAUAUUUAAACUUUGAAGCACCAGAGCUUCAUCCAUUGAAUUAGUCCUAAUUAGCCAUCUUUAAUCAUAACAUCUUGAACAUUUCGUCGAGUUUUGGCUUGGCGAUUAGUGUUGUCACCCUUUCGCUGCGUGUGACCAAAUUCUAGUGUCUUGGCAUUGUACUUGUGGCAUGUUUGUUGCCAUGGAGAUGGACUGACACUGUAGCUAUGUGUUCAUGUGAUGUCGCGCACAGAGAUGCAGUAGUUACUAUUGUCGUUGGCAGCUUUUCGUGACACUAGUCUGAAAGCCUGGCACAGCGAAUGGGUUUAGGUGCUGUUCUCAUCAAGGUGACCACCACCAAGUGGUGUGUCAAUUGAGAAUCAGCGGAUGAGACGUGGAGUGUAAGAUUGUGAAGCAUCGUGAGAUAUAAAGUCGCACGUCGUGCUUUAUUGCUUUGGGGGCCAAAAUGUUCCACCUGUACUGUAAAUAAAUGGUAUCUACACGCGAGUGUACAUACUGUACUUAUGUAAAUCUCUGAGAGAAUUACUCGAAUCAGGAUCAAUGAAAAAGUUAAUUGUGGGUUCAUUCUGACCUCUAAAUCAUGUUCAUACAAGGUCUAUCUUGUGAAACUGCCUGCGGUCACAGGUCUCCUUUUAGUAAGAGAGGUGACACUUUAUUUUUUGUACGAGGUACAUACAAUGCAUUCAAUAUGUUUUGAAAAGGUAAUGUUAGCUUUGUGCCAUAGUUGUACAUCCUUACGGCCGAACAGACUCCGUUAGUGUUUCAAGUUGAAUGCAUUUUAGACAGUUGAACUCCGGUGGCAUGUGUUCUCGGGAGAGUCGCUUUCUUUUUCGAAAUUUUUUGUGGAGACUGUUCGGUCUGUUCCCAUUGGGCACACAGUUUUCCUGAGUGCAAUAUCUCAAUUAGGUUCAGCAUUGUUAGGUUCAUUUCAUACCAGUAGCAGUCCAUUGCUGUCAAGUGGCCCUGCCAAUUAGGCCCAGCUUUCUGAACUGAUGAAAAAAAAGGUUAUUUUUUGGCAGUAAAUAGUUAACUGUUGUCCAAAUUGAUCAGUGAUGGUCUUUAUGUUCCCUUGUAUUCUGUUCAGAAUGUGGUGCAGUUUUUGGUUGGAUCUUUAGGCCAAACCUAACUUGGGUACUGGACUGUCCAGUCUAACAUUUUGCUGAUAAUUAACCAAUAUUCUUGGUCUACAAGAAUAUGUGUUCCUUCGAAAUCUGUGUAAAAUUUCAUUUUGACAUCCGUGAUCCAGAAUAAAUUUUUAUGAAAUGAA